GAAAUAGUGUGGUGACGAGUUGUCCUGCUCUUUCGAUUCUGUUGCAUUCUUUUUGCUGACAAUUUUUCAAUUUGUUCUUCCAAAAUCCGCCAAUGGGAGGACAUGCCCGACCUGAACAUGGAGAUGCGCUCGCCGCGCCUGGGAUCUACCCAACGGUGGCGGCCCGGCGAGCCCCCGCUCCCCGCGCGCAGGCGCGGGGCGUGGAGCCCCAGUUCCUGGCCAUGCAGUACCGCAUGCACCCCGCGCUCUCGGCCUUCCCGUCCAUGGCGACGUACGGCGGCCGCAUCACGAGCGGUGUCUACAAGACAUCGCGACCGUCCCCUCUCGGCUUCCGAUGGCCCGUGCCGGACGUUCCCAUCGCGUUCGUGCCAGUGACCAGGGGCUUUGAAACGAAGGUCGGCUCGUCGUUCACCAACCAGACGGAGGCCACGAUGCUGGUGGGCCUCGUCCGCAGUGUGCUGCAGCCCGGAGAUCUCCAGGCAGAAGACGUCGGGAUCAUCACCCCUUACCAGGAGCAGGUCCAGCUGCUGAAGCGACUGCUGCCCCAGAACGUGGAGUGCAGCACCGUGGACGGCUUCCAGGGCCGCGAGAAGGAGCUCAUCCUGGUCUCCACAGUCCGGGCGAGCGGCAAGCUGGGCUUCGUGACCGACCGGCGGCGCACGAACGUGACGCUCACGCGGGCCAGGCGUGGGCUCAUCGUGGUCGGGCAUGCCGAGACGCUGUCCCAGGAC